AUGACCAAGCGUGACAGAGGACGAAUGAUGGGCUCUAGCAAUAAAUUAGAUUUAUCAGGGUGGCUAAUUGUGAUCAUGCUCGGCAUCGCAGUGACAGUUAUGUUCGCAAUUUUACGAGAAGUUCCAAAUAAAGAAAUCAAGCGGCGAAGGGAAGCCUACGGUUACGGUGAGAAGCAAGAUCCCGGACCGCUCUCCGCGCCCCCCACCGUUGGCUGCUUACCUGGAGUCAAUGAUCCGGCACUAAAAAGUCUUCCGCGUUUGUACGUAGACGUGGCCCCCGACCCUGCCGAGCAGAACAUUUACAUGAUGGACUUAAGCCUAAAGUCCAACAUCACGAGCAAAACAUUGUGCUCCAUUGAAAGCAUGUGCACCGUGAACGGCGACGCUCACGUCUGGUUGCUGGUGACGCGCGAGAAAUUGCACGCUUCGACCGCCGCAAGUUUGCGGAAUUUGCAGGAAAUUUGCCAGCGUCUCUGCGUGGCGCACAUGAACGUGCGCGUUGUCAUGCGUGACACUCCUGCGCAUGCGUUACUUGAGUCUGACUCUUUCUGGAAUACAUUAUACCUGCUACCUCACUUGAGCGACCUGCUACGAUACGCAGUCGUGUACAACUCGGGAGGAAUGUACGUCGACUACGACAUCAUAGCUCUGCGACCCUUUAAAAAAAAUUCAAUAAAUUUUUACGGAUCUGAGGUAAUGUAA